CCAGCCAGUCCCAUAUAACUUCAGGAGUUUACAACCGAAAGUCACUCAAACAUACAAAAAGGAUUUCUCUUCAGAGUUCACUUGGGAUUUUUUGAAUCGCACUAUUGUUUUAUGCAGAAGAUAUUCAGGAGGUAAUCAGUAUGUACUGAUCCGUGACUGUGUUCUAGAACUAGACAUGGGGCAUUCAUGUAUUAAUGUCCCACUGCACUAAAAACUAAGCAAAGUAAAAAGAGAUGCCAUGGCCAUCCAGCUAUGAUGUGACAGAUGAAGCUGAGGGUGCUGUGAAGGAGACAUACUGAAGAGAAAUUAUUGAAAAUACAAUGGGAUCAUGGACUGCAAUUCGCUGCCAAUGCUGUGUGAUGCCCACUAUCCAAACACUUGCUGUAAUGAGACUAAGAGAAAGCAUCAAACCCGAGACAAAGAAAUGGUUGAUCUCUGUCUUGGAGACUCCAGCAAACCCCGGGGGUGCACAAAUACUGGUUCACCCAGGUGAAGAUGAUGAAGAUGAUAUACUUCUUCUUUCUGCCACUGAAUGUUUACUGCUGCAGGCCACAGAGAGAUUAGGGCUGGCCAAAGCUGACCAUAAUAAGUCAAUAACUACAUUUUCCUAUAAGAACAAAAAUCAUUUUUUAAACUCUGAUAAAAUAAAUAUCUUCCUAACAUUAGCGGAGCAACAGUUCUUAUUGAAGUAUGAAGUGGAAAAUCUAAAAAUACUACAAGAGACCUGUCUCCCAGGAUACCCCAAAUAUCGACUGUAUCCUGGACAGCACAUUGUUCAUUUCCUGCAAAAGUGGGGGAUUAUUGUCAAAUUCUACCCCAUUCAUGAUAAAGAAAAAUUAAACAAUUUGCAGAAGAGGUGGUACAAAGAAAUAAGUCUGGCUCCACAACCAAUUGAAACUGUGCGUGCUUAUUUUGGAGAGCCCAUUGCAUUAUAUUUUAGCUUCCUAGGAUUCUUCACUCUUUCUCUCAUCGCUAUGGUGCUUCUUAGUUAUAUUCCAGCUUUCCUUCAAGACUCGUCAGACAAAUAUAUUAUUUUUGCCGUGUUUAAUGUUCUCUGGUCCACUGUCACCUUGGAACUGUGGAAGCGCCAUAGUGCUACAAAAGCUUACUUCUGGGGCACGUUAAACUUGAAGAGUUAUAUAAAACUUCCUCGAGCUGAGUUCUGGGGCACCCUGAUUAAGAGCCCCAUAACAGGAAGGCUGGAACCCCACUAUCCACACUGGAAGAGGAAAAUGAGGAUUUGCUUUGUGACAGUACCGUCCGUGUGCAUUUUUCUGGGACUUGCUGUUGAUGGGAUGAAUAUGUACCUUUACUGGGAAACAUGGAUUAAAAAAUGGUAUGAAACGAACCCCAGCAACAUGGCGGCAUUAGGACUAUACCUGCCUAGUAUUUGCUACACACUUUUCAUGGAAAUGUUAAAUUCUGCAUACAUGAGAGUGGCUACAGCUUUAACAGAGUAUGAAAAUCACAGGCUAGAGUCUUCGUUCCAAAAUCAUCUAACCAUAAAAGUACUUGUGUUCCGCUUCAUCAACUGUUUUGGACUCUUGUUUUAUAUAACCUUCUGUCUGCAAGAUCUUCAGCUCCUCAGAAAGCGUCUCUCUUCUCUUCUCAUCGUGUCUCAAGUAAUCAGCCAGUUUAAAGAAUCAUUGCUUCCAUACCUGAAACAGAGGCUUAAGCUUGAUCCUGUGUGGGUAAAAAAAGGCAAAGUAGACACAUAUCCCUUCAUUGAUGAAGUUGUUUCUGAAGGAGACAUGUUUUCUUACCCGGGUUUAUUUGAUGACUAUAUGGAGCUCCUGGUCCAGUUUGGCUAUGUCAGUCUCUUUUCCUCCGUUUAUCCUCUGACUGCUGCCCUGCUGAUUUUAAAUAAUAUCACUGAGAUCCGAACAGAUGCUUUUAAGUUAUGUCAGAUAUUCCAGAAACCUUUUUCAUAUCCAGAAGCAAACAUUGGAAUAUGGCAGACUGCAUUUGAGACCCUUGGAUUUCUGUCUGUCAUUACCAACUGUUUCCUUGUUGCUAUCUCACCAGAGAUACAGGCUGUUUGUAAGAAAUAUGAAGUGGGACCAGAGAAAAUAUUGCUCUACAUGCUUGCUGCUGAGCAUAUACUCAUCAUUCUCAAACUGUUUUUGGCAUUUGCAAUUCCUGAUAAGCCAGCUUGGUUGCAUCUGAAAGUCAUGCAGAUGGAGUAUCGUUCCCAGGAAGCAUUCAAAAAGAUGCCCAGACAAGACAUUUUCAAUUAGCUGAAAUGUUCCGGGGCAAACACAAAUUAAGAAAAAGUGUCAGCUAUCAACGUAAUUACCGACAUAGCCUGAGGACCUUAUGCACUGAAUGAAUAUGGUUAUGCCUUAUUUUGAACUCUCUUGUUGAAUACAAAGCAUCAACAUUGAGUAAGGGCCGCUAUCACUAUUUAUAUUUAAUGUGCCAAUAUAUUCCACAUCUUAUUAUAGCUUAUACAUCAUUCACAUCAGUCCCUGCCCCAGUGGAGCUUACAGUAUAGGGUCCCUGUCUGUUAGGAAUAUAGCUGUGUGCUGUGUAACAACUGUUUUAAUAAAAAAAAGUAUAUACCUCUGCAGAUAAGCACAAAUGAGGGCAGGCAGAAAACAAUCACUA